AUGGCAUCCGACAAGUCUACAUCGAAUAGCGAAACGCAACCUACCGAUACCGCUGCCUUCGUCUACCCGUCGGGUUUUAAACUCGCGCUUCUCAUGACCUCCAUCUACAUUUCCAUUUUCUUGGUAUCAUUGGAUCGACUUAUCAUCUCAACCGCCAUACCGGCCAUCACCAACGAAUUUCACGCCGCCAAUGAUAUCGGUUGGUAUGGCACGGCCUACCUGCUCACGAACUGCACGUUUCUAUUGGUAUUCGGAAAAGUAUACACCAUGUUCAACAUCAAAAUAACUUUCUUGAUAACCGUCCUCCUGUUCGAGAUUGGCUCGGCCAUCUGUGGCGCGGCGCCUAGUUCCGUCGCUUUCAUCAUCGGCAGGGCUAUCGCUGGCUUGGGAGCCGGAGGUAUUCAGUCAGGUGCUAUAACCAUCGUCGUAUACGCCGUUCCGCUAGAAAAACGCCCCUUUUACCAGGGUCUCAUCGGUGCCGUUUAUGGGGUAUCUUCAGUCAUUGGCCCGCUGGUAGGCGGGGCUUUCACCACAAAUGUUACUUGGAGGUGGUGUUUCUAUAUCAACCUUCCUCUAGGAGCUGUGGUCGUACUAUUUAUUUUCUUCCUUCUCCAGCUCCCUGAUCGAGAUAGUGAAAAGGAUGUCUUGAAGCACAAGUUGGUUAAACUCAACGCCGAAGGCCUAAUCGCUCUCUUCCCCGGAGUGGUUUGCUUGUGCUUGGCUUUGCAGUGGGGUGGUUUCACCUAUAGUUGGAGCGAUAGCCGUAGCAUUACAUUACUUGUUCUCGCUUUCGCGCUAUUGAUCGCAUUUGUCGUAAUUCAAAUCUGGAAGCCGGAGAGAGCGACGGUACCCCCGCACAUUUUCGUCCAGCGUAGCGUCGCCAGCGGUUUCUUCGUCAGCUGUUGUGCUGGCGCACACCAGAUGCUAGUGCUUUAUUACCUCCCGAUUUGGUUCCAAGCCAUUAAGGGUGAUUCGGCGGUUGAAAGUGGUGUCCACCUUCUACCACAAGUGAUUGCCCUGGUUAUAUCGUCCGUUCUCGCGGGCAUAUUAACGAGUCGCAUUGGUUACUAUACGCCAUUCUUGAUUCUCGGCAUUUGCCUCACUUCAAUUGGAACCGGCCUAAUUACCACUCUCGAGGUCAAUACGACGGUGGGUCAAUGGAUUGGUUAUCAGAUCCUUUACGGCUGGGGUUUCGGUAGCUCGGUCCAGGCACCUAAUGUGGCCGCACAGACGGUAUUGCGACGAGAGGAGUCCUCAAUAGGCGUUUCGCUCAUGUUGUUCGGUCAGGUUCUUUUUGGGUCUAUUUUCUCCUCGAUCGGUCAGAACGUUCUUGAUGGUGAAUUGGCCAAGCGCCUCGCUGGUAUCGCGAACAUUACCCCUCAACAAAUAGAGAAUGCUGGUGUUACCGGUAUCCUCGAUAUCAUUCCAUCUCAGUCGCACGAUGCGGCCUUGGGAGCCUAUAACGACUCAUUGCGUGUCUGCUUUCAGGUUGCUCUCAUCAUGUCCUGCAUUUCGAUUAUUGGCGGCUUAGCCAUGGAGUGGCGUAGCGUCAAGCAGAAAAAUUCCAAUAAUAUAAUCACACGAUAG